AUGUUCGGGGUCGCACCAGGGGUCACUGCACCGGACCACAUGCCUCUGCCCGCUCUUCAGAAGAAUGCCAGCGUGCGGUACAAGAGCAGGCAGGCAUCAUUUGUUUCCUUCAGGGACGAUACGAGGUUGGUUGCGUUCCGUUACGACCAGACCGUGGCAGCCGAGCCUCCUAUUCCCAUCCCGCCCCCUCGCUCGUCUCGACGCCCGCCACCGCGGCCCAUCUCCUGCAUUACUGCCUCUCUGCCCAAUAGAACACCACAACCACCUCCUCGCCCCGCUCCUCCCACUGAGCAGCAUCCCGCACUUCGAACCAUCACCACUCCGCGCUCAACCCAGGACACCGCAAAGAGGGACUCGGGUCACGCGCCCACAGUUUCCUCGCACACGCGCACCUACGAUGAGGAGGACAGCAGCGACGAGGACGACGACGACCCUUUCGCCUACGAGAAGAUCGACACGCUUCCUCCAGUCCCUCAAGUUCUCCCUCUGCGCCUGAAGGGCGGCUCCAUCUCGCCGUCCAUCUACUCGGAGCCCGACCUGGACCUGCGCAGAGUCAGCGAAGCCGGCAGCGGCAUCAGCAGCCCAUUGUCGUCGCCUGCCCUCUCAGACGGUAACACGGUGUCGCCGGCGUCGCCUGUCACGCCGCCUGUCCAGUUCACCAAGAGAUUCGGCAGGGCCUUUAGCCUGCGAUCAACCUCCUCGUCGUCCUCCAGGGCUACCGGUACGAUGAAGAGGUUGCGGAAGAAGUCGCUAUCGGGCGUGCCAAGCCCACACACUAGCGGUACUACUGAGUCGGGCAUGUCGGGCACGGGCAGAGGCGAGGGAGCGCUGGGGUCCCCACUGAUACUCCUGAGCGCCCUAGGGUCGGCCGCUAAUAACAGUCCCCUGCCCCCCCAUCCCCACCUGCACCUCGUCCACCAUGCCCACAACACGAGGAACUUGGAUGCCACCACUGCCACACCAUCGGGCGAUCCCCAUUUGUCGCCAAUCAUCUCCACCACCAUCCCCACCGACAGCUUGAUCGAGGAUGACUUUAUGACCCAGCUAUCCUUCUCCAAACGCGGCAGCAUCAUCUUUGGUGGCCAGCGUCCGCGCACCAAGACCAAGAUGUCGGCCAAAGACAACGACGUCCCUGCCGUCGCGGCUGUCAAAAGGACCAGAGAGUACCGCGCCUUUCCCCUGGUACCGCCCGCGAAGAAGCCCCAGACCCCUGCCGGCCCUGCGCAACCGCGUCAGGAUGAUAGGGGCGUCCACGAUACCAACCACGGUACUGUCGCACAGCCAACCGACCGUGCCGUGAAUGUUAACCACGCGCAACCCCAAACCGUGCCCGACACCUUGUCCACCCCCCGCCUGCUGCCUCCCAGCAUCCGGGUCAUAUCUGUAGAGGCCGAGAAGGAAUCUCAAAAGGUGAGAUCGCUCUAUGAAUCCGGGGAGGGUCUCAGUUGGGAAGAGGGCGGUGGGCACUCAUCACUCGGUGAGCGCCUCGAGCCCACAGGGGAAGUCCCGUCAAAUGAGGAUGAGAAUGACGCGUCAAACGGCCGACCUGGACACCCUACUCUAACCUCGGCUUCUACUGUGUCGCUACAAGAUAGCACGCUGCGUCGCGACCACGAAUUGGCUGGAGGGAUUGAGGACUGGGAGGGAGUCGAGGGUCAGGAUGUCGAUCGUUACGGUUUCAUAUCUCCCCAACGGCCAGACUCAUCACGGCCGAGUACAGCGACCGAGACCCUGUCUGUGGAGUUUUCGCCGCGCAAACAGAGGAACGUCUUGUUCCGAAAGGACGCAGCAGCACACUCGCUGGGAAACAAGCGCACGCCUACUAGGAAAGUGUCGGCUCGCUCCCUAAACACACAGGCGUCGGAGUAUUCAACGGCGUCGCGCCGUUCCACUCGUUCAGUCCUACGCCAGGCCAGCAACCUGCUCCCCCACAACAAGGACAGAAGGCUGGUGGACGAGGCAGGUGACCUACUUGAAGAACAACCGAGCCUGUCCUACAUCGAUGAAGAUGAGCCCUCCGAGAAAGCGAUCGCCGAGCUGAAGCGGAAAGAACAGGAGCGCACUGACAAGUGGCGAAGGAUGGCCAAGGUUGUGAAGCCUGGCGAUGAGGGACAAGGCAUGAUCUUCGAGUUUGACCCAAAGCACCCGAAGCUGGUCCAACGAACAUGGAAGGGUAUCCCUGAUUGUUGGCGAGCAGCGGCUUGGUACUCGUUCCUGGCCUCCAGUGCCAAGGCCAGCCCGAUACCUUUUGCAACAGACGAGGAGAUCAAGGCUGACUUCCGCCGCCUGGUCGAGCAACCGUCACCAGAUGAUGCUCAGAUCGAUCUGGAUGUGCCGAGGACCAUCAACCAGCACAUCAUGUUCCGCAGAAGAUAUCGGGGAGGACAGAGAUUGUUGUUCCGAGUCUUGCACGCCCUGUCCGUCUACUUUCCUGACACGGGCUAUGUCCAAGGCAUGGCUCCUUUGGCUGCGACUUUUCUCAGCUACUACGAUGAAGAGCAAUGCUUCGUGAUGCUUGUUCGUCUCUGGAAGUACCGUGGGCUGAACCGCAUAUAUCAGUCUGGAUUCGAAGAGUUGAUGGGCGCAUUGAAGGACUUCGAGACGCAUUGGUUGGGUACCAAAGACGUUGCUGAGAAACUAAAUGAGCUUUGCAUUGACCCAACCGCAUAUGCCACCCGAUGGUACCUGACUCUGUUCAACCUCUCGAUACCCUUUGCGGUCCAACUUCGUGUGUGGGACGUCUUCAUACUGCUCGGGUCUUCGCCUUUGGAAACACCCAACGGUGUUACAAGCAGCAAGGAUGUUACAGAUCAUCCUUCCUCCAAGGGACUCGAGAUUCUUCAUGCCACUAGUCUCGCCAUCAUCGACACUCUCAACGACCGUCUUAUCGAUUCAGAUUUCGAAAAUGCGAUGAAGGUCCUUACUUCGUGGGUUCCUAUCAAGGACGAACAAGGAUUCCUCCACAUCGUAUACCUCGAGUGGAAGAGAUACCAGAGUAAACAGAAGAAGAAGGUUUAG